AUGGCUGCAGCAGCUGCUCGCUACGAGUCCGCCGCGGCUGCCGGGGCGCCGAUUGAACAGCCCGCGCGUGCUGCCGCAGCGCCGCAGCUCCGCGACACACAGCAGCGGAAGAUCAACGCCACGCGCCACGCCGCUGUCGACGCCGCACCCGCCGUUGCGGCCGCCAAUACCGUCGCCGGGCGGAAGCAGCAGCGGCGGUAA